AAUGGAAAACAUUACAAUGGGACUUUCACUCUUUCUCAAGAAAAUGGAUCUCUUACAUCUCAUAAAAGCAUCCACACAGGAGAGAAGCCAUUUAAAUGCAUGGUGUGUGGAAAGGGUUUUAGCCAGCAGAGCAACCUUAGUUCCCAUAAAAGGAUCCACACAGGGGAGAAGCCAUAUAAAUGUAUGGAAUGUGGAAAGACCUUUACUCAGAGUGUUCAGCUUACUUGCCAUAAAACAAUCCACACAGGGGAAAAACCAUAUAAAUGCAAAGAAUGUGGAAAGAGCUUCAGUCAACCCAGUAGUCUUACUGUUCAUAAAAGAAUCCACACAGGGGAGAAGCCAUAUAAAUGUAUGGAGUGUGGAAAAACCUUUACUUACAGUGGUCAUCUUACCUCUCAUAAAAAGAUCCACACAGGGGAGAAACCAUAUAAAUGCAUGGAGUGUGGAAAGACCUUUAGUCGUAACAUUCAACUUACUUCCCAUAAAAGGAUCCACACAGGGGAGAAGCCAUAUAAGUGUAUGGAGUGUGGAAAAGGCUUCUGUGAAAACUGGUCUCUUACUGUUCAUAAAAGGAUCCACACAGGAGAGAAACCAUAUAAGUGUAUGGAGUGUGGAAAGGGGUUCAGCCAACAUAGUAAUCUUACUUCCCAUAAAAGGAUCCACACAGGGGAGAAACCAUAUAAAUGCUUGGAGUGUGGGAAGAUGUUUAUUUAUAGCAGUCAUCUUACUUCCCAUAAAAGGAUCCACACAGGGGAGAAGCCAUAUAAAUGCAUGGAAUGUGGAAAGACCUUUACUCAUAACAUUCAGCUUACUUCCCACAAAAGGAUCCACACAGGAGAGAAACCAUAUAAAUGCAUGGAGUGUGGAAAGGGCUUCAGCCAACAUGGUAAUCUUACUUCCCACAAAAGGAUCCACACUGGGGAGAAACCAUUUAAAUGCAUGGAAUGUGGAAAGACAUUUACUCAUAGCAGUCAACUUAUUCCCCAUAAAAGAAUCCACACUGGGGAGAAGCCAUAUAAAUGUAUGGACUGUGGAAAAACCUUUACUCAUAGCAUUCAACUUAGUUCCCAUAAAAGGAUCCAUACUGGGGAGAAACCAUAUAAAUGUAUGGAGUGCGGAAAGGGCUUCAGCCAACAUAGUAGUCUUACUUCCCAUAAAAGAAUCCACACAGGGGAGAAGCCAUUUAAAUGUAUGGAAUGUGGAAAGGGCUUUACUUAUAGCAGUCACCUUACUUCUCAUAGCUGGAUCCACAUAGGAGAGAAACCAUUUAAAUGCAUGGAAUGUGGAAAGACCUUUACUUAUAGCAGUCAUCUUACUUCUCAUCAAAGGAUCCAUACAGGAGAGAAGCCAUUUAAAUGCAUGGAGUGUGGAAAGGGUUUCAGCCAACGCAGUAAUCUUACUUCCCAUAAAAGGAUCCACACAGAGUCGAAGCCAUAUAAAUCUCGGGCAUGUGGAAAGAGCUACAAGAGGAGCAAUGACCUAAAAGAGAUACGUUUAGUUAAGGAUAUUCCGACUAAGCGUCUGAAAAUGGGUGUCAAGGUGAACUACCUCAAUAAUGAGGAAUACCAAUUCAGCUACAUCACCCGAGGAGAACCCGGAUCCCGACCAUCUGUGCUGAUGCUUCAUGGAUUCUCACUCAACAAAGACAUGUGGUUAAAUACCAUCGAAGUAAGUCUUCCUUUUACACUAGCUUGGGUGAUGCUGGUCCGAUCUUGGAUACUAGUCAGAGAGGAAACUUCUCCACAGUUCCUGGCUUGUAUGGCUUUUACUAAUGCCCACAUCUAA